AUGCCGGGACAGAGCGACGAUGAGAAGGCUAAAGCUCAGCCUGCAGCAAACGAUGAGGCUCUUGAGGAUUUGGAAUGGAUAUGGGACGAGAACAAUCGAAAGGCUCUAGGUGUAAUCUGUGAUCUUUUUGGCCCCGCCAAAUUCGCCAAAUUCAUGGACACAGCUAUAGAGGGCGACCCCCACCAACUGUGGGAAGUCAUUACUACAACCCAGGGCGCCAUAGCACUAAACAACGAGGGCGCCUCGAAUAUCCUCAGGGGACAGCUGGCCACCGAGAAGUCAAUCCCUGCGGAGGAAUCUAUCGACCAGUACUUCUCACGCCUGCGAUCUCUUCAAAUGCAACUCGAAAACUACCCCAGCCCGCCGAGUGACGGUCACAUGACGUGCAUCAUGUGGAAUGGACUUCCUAAGGAUCCAACGCUUCAUACGCCGCCGAAAUUCGCGCUGUCAGUACGGCCCCCGAACUUGACGCUGUGGCGUCUCAUCGCAGGGUCCGAGGUCUAUUUAACAGUGGUGGAUGAGGUGGUAGACGUGGUGGCGUACAGAAGGGGGAAAGAGGCCGUGGUAGGUGCGAUAGGGGCUGAGGAGGCCGGCUGGGACUGGAACAAGGACGACGCAUCAAUAACGAUUGCACAGGGAAAUGGGUGA